AAAAGUUACCAUUAAAACUGUAUGAUGAAAUAUGUGCUAUCAUCUCUAAUAACUAUAUGGAAAAUAACAAUAUGGGAAUAGAAUUUUCAUGUUUAUUGGAAUUAGAUACUAUAAACGAUCCUCAUAAACUUUCUAAAAAAAUAGCCGAACUUGUUAAACAAGAGGACGGAUAUAAUUACAUUUACAAAAAAAGUUAUGAUUUAAAAAAGGUUCUUGAAAGUCAUUCAUUCUGGUAUUAUUGUUCUCAAUGUCAAACACUUAACAAAAGAUCUCAAAAAUAUAAGGAUUUAGAGCAACAAAGAGAUCAUGAGCGAUUUGAAGUUGAUAAUGUAGUUCAGGAACAUAUUAAGAAAUAUAUAUAUUUAAUAUCAAGUGAUAUUUAUAAACAGCUAGAGUCAAAUUAUCCUGAUUUUAUGCAAAAGCAACUAAAUUCUAUGAAAAUUCUUCUUAAAGAAUAUAAUUAUUCAAUUGUGCUGGAAAAUAUUAUGGAGGGUAUUAAAUAUCUUGGAUUCAUAACUCCAUUUUUUAAUCUAUUAUUAAAAAACAAAGAAAUCGUAGUUGAUACAACAUAUCAGACGAAUGCAUUAGAUUUUGAGCUCUAUUUAAUAAUUGAACAAUUUGAUGGAGCUAGAUUCACAAUGGUGUAUCUAUUUAUUGAUAGUAAAAAGAAAGACAAUGGAGCACUAUCACAAUCACAAUCUUUUCAAGAAAAUACAAAUUCAAUAUUUAAUAUUGAACAAGAUAAAGAAAAUCAACCCAAUGUAAUAGUUAAUAUUGAAAGUAUUGAGAAGUUGGAAAAUUAUGAAAAUAGUGAUGAUAAUGAUUCAGAUGAUUUAUAUGAAAACUAUGAGCUAUAUCUUACUAAAGCACUUGAAAUUGUACAAGAGCAAAAGGCAAAGCAAAAUUAUAAAUGGGCAAAAUCUGUAAAAAGCAGUUUUGCAGGAUUACAAAAAAUGGUAACAGAUAUUGAAACAUAUAAGAGAAGAACAACAAAUCCUCAAACAUGGAAAGAUCAUAAUCGUCAUACAUUGUUUUUUUAG